AUGGCGGUCUAUAGUCAACACGUGACUGUGCUUCAAGCUCUGGAACAACAACAAAGUCGGUUCGCCUUUUCCGCUGAGCCAGGCCAUCCAACUAGACUACGCCCUGCGCGUCUUGACCUCGACGUCGACAGAUUGGUACAUCCUGCUGAGCCACCGAUAACGGACAAGCUAUAUUCGGGAUUUCUGGAGCACUUGGGCAGAUGUAUCUAUGGUGGGAUUGUGGACAGCCCAAAGCAUCCAAGUCCCAAACACUUGCUCCUCUCACAAGACAUUGGGGAUUUAGCGACUAAAGGUAGACUGGGCUGGAGGAAAGAUGUGAUGGGUUGUCUAGCGAAAGAUGGGGAAUUGCAGAUUCCUAUGAUGCGAUGGCCCGGUGGUAACUUCGUGUCGAAUUACCAUUGGCAAGAUGGGAUUGGCCCGAUCAGUCAAAGACCAAAGAGGAUAGAGUUGGCUUGGUUGAGCGAUGAAUCCAACAUUUUUGGUACAGACGAAUUUAUCGACUACUGCCGAGGGCUUGAUUGCGAACCAUAUAUUUGCCUAAACAUGGGUACUGGGACGCUUGAAGAAGCUUUAGCGUGGUUGGAAUAUUGCAAUGGCACCGGGGACACCCACUGGGCCGAGCUGCGGACAAAGAAUACCGGACGGAAAGAACCACAUGCCGUGAAAUACUGGGGCUUGGGCAAUGAGAUGUGGGGACCUUGGCAGGUCGGCAAUAUGCUUCCAUCGGAUUAUGCAAGGAAAGCCAGACGAUGGGCACAUGCUCUUAAAUUGGUCGAUCCGACAAUACAGCUUGUCUCUUGCGGAGAGACUGGCGCUUCGGAGUGGGACAGAGAGGUGAUACAGGCCCUGUUGCCUUUGGCAGAUAUGCACUCGAUUCAUUACUAUGUGCCCGGACUUGAAUACGAAAAGAAUGUGUUUGGAGCGGCUGCUGCAGAGAAGCACAUCGAUGUGUGCAAAUCCCUGAUAGACAUGGCGAACAUUGGCAGGGCAUUGGAGCGUAUGCCUGGGAAAGACAUGAAGAUAUGUUUCGACGAGUGGAACGUCUGGGAUGAUGUGAAAGCUCGAGGGACUAAUGGGUUGGAGCAGACUUAUGAUUACACCGACAUGCUAGGUUUCUGUGCAUGGUUGAAUGUCUUGGUGAGGAAGCACAAGGACAUAGGCAUAGCAUGUUUAGCUCAAUCCGUGAAUGUAAUCUCACCUCUUAUGACCCGACCGGAUGGAAUCCUUCGACAGACUCUCUACUAUCCCCUUGCACUUUUCAGCAAGUACAUGAAAAAUGGGCAUCUAUUGCAAUUGCCUUCGUUUCCUGACGUUUACACUGGUCCAACAUAUCCCGUCUACAUCCAACAAGGUGCGUACAAGCCACCAUACAUCGAUAGCGUGGCGGUGAUGGUCAAGACGUCCAAUGGAUGCAGUAUACGGUUGAGUAUACUGAACAGACACCCGACGGCGGACUGGCAGGUGAAGAUUGGAUUUUCUGGCUUCAAUAUAGAGAAGGUUCAACUCCAUGAAAUUUACAAUGAUGAUCUAGCAGCUGUGAACACCUUCGAAACACCCAAUGCAGUUGUGCCAGCAGUCUCAAAUCUCAAUGACAAGGAAUGGCAGUCAAAGCACGGACAGAAUUUUGCAGUGAAAAAGCAUUCAUGGGUGUUCUUGAUCUUCGAUGGGGCGUGA